AUGGUGACUGUAAGGUCCAUAGUGUCUUUUGCAGCCUCAAGGCAGUGGCAUAUCCAUCAUAUGGAUAUUUUUAAUGCUUUUCUGCAGGGUGAUCUGGAGGAUGAAAUCUAUAUGCAACUUCCUCAAGGUUUUGUCAGUCAAGGGGAGAAGAGAAAAUACACUUUGGAACUUAUAGAUGAAGUAGGAAUGUCAGCAGCCAAACCUACAGGAACUCCUAUUGAUGUUAAUGUCAAACUAACAUCAAAGCAAUAUAAUGAGCAAAUGAAAAACAAGAAGACUCCUAAAGAUCAGUUGGUAGAUCAGACAACAUAUCAAAAACUGAUUGGGAAAUUAUUGUAUAUGAACAUGACAAGACCAGACAUAUCAUUCAGUACUCAAACUCUAAGUCAAUUCUUGCAGCAACCAAAGAAGUCACACAUGGAUGUUGCAUUAAGGGUAGUUAGAUAUCUUAAGAGGCAACCUGGACAUGGUGUACUAUUGACUAGUUCUUCAGAUGAAGUAGUUACUGCAUUUUGUGAUGCAGACUGGGCCUUUUGA